GUUUAUUUUCAAAGUUUUUAUGGUUAUUUAUCUUCUAACCCUCCAAAUUUUGUUGGCAAAUUCUUAUUGUACAAAGAGCCUUGUGCCUGCUUUGUAUGUUUUUGGUGAUUCAACCGUAGAUGCUGGAAACAAUAACAAUUUGAAUACACCUGCUAAGGUUAAUAUAUUUCCAUAUGGCAUAGAUUUCAAUAAUUGUUCUACAGGAAGGUUUAGCAAUGGAAAAACCUUUGCAGAUAUUAUUGCUCUUAAGUUGGGUUUACCAAUGCCACCUCCAUACAUGGGUGUUUCUACAAUUAAGAGAUAUCAAAUAGUCUCAGGUAUCAACUAUGCAUCAGGAUCAUGUGGAAUCUUGAAUUCAACAAGAUAUGGUGAAUGCUUGUCAUUGAACAAACAAAUUGAGUAUUUCACUUCAAUUGUGACAAAUGAUCUUCCAAGAAACUUUCGAAGUAAGGCAAAAUUGAGUCAUUACUUAUCUAAAUCUAUAUUCCUUUUAUCCAUUGGUUCCAAUGAUUACAUGCUCAAUUAUUUUAAACAAGAAAUGGUAACCAACCAAAAGGGAAAUCAUGAAGAAUUUGCAAAUUAUCUUCUUGAACAACUUGGUUUCAAUAUAAAGGUAACUUAUGUUUGAUGACUUAACAUCGUGAAUAAGGAAA